AUGGAAUAUCAUUUACAAUCAUCAGUUAUUCAUUCUAUUGAGAAUGAAGACGUAUGUUAUAUUACACAAUGUGAUAGUAGAUCAUCAAAGUAUAUUGCAGCAGUAGGAUCCAACAAUAUUGUGAAGCUCUACGACCAGACAUCACACAGCAUCAUAUCAGUGUUAAAAGGACACACCGACACCAUUCACCAAGCGAAAUUCAUAGAUGACAGCACCCUCAUUACAUGUUCAUCAGAUCGUACCAUUAGAAUAUUCAAUUGUGAUACUGCAACUCAAAUUAAAUGUAUUCAACAAAAAGAAGAAGUAUUCUCCUUUGAUAUUUCAGGUGAUAUUAUGGCAGUGGCUGCUGGAUUGACAGUAGUCAUUCUCGAUACAAAAACAUGGAAACAGAUUCGUUGCUUCGAUUGUCAUACUGGUGAUGUCACUCGUGUUAUGUUCCAUCCAAAUGCACCAAACAAACUGUUUUCAUGCAGUAUGGAUGGUCUAAUCAAUCUCUAUGAUCUUUCAAUUCAAGACGAUGAUGAUGCAAUUUUAUAUGUUAUGAAUGGUGAACACUCUGUUUCUACGUUUGGAUUCUUUGGUGCCAGUAAUCAGUUGAUUUGGUCACUUUCAACAACGGAGCGACUCUCUAUUUGGAGUGUGGAGGAAGGAACAAGACUGAGAGAAUACGGUGAUCUCAGAACUAUUUUGGCAGAGAAGAACAACCAACUCGAAGUAAAUUAUUUCAUUACAUGCUACUACGAUCAACCUAGCAACAAUCUCUAUUUGUUUGGUGGUGAUUUUUCUGGUACCGGUUUACUAUUCCAAGUGACCGACGAUCAAGUCCUACCAAUUGGUAGACUACAAAACGGACACACAGAAUUAAUUAGAACAAUGACAUGGAAUAAAGAUGUUUGUAUCAACACCUCACAUAAUAAUAAUAAUAAUAAAAAUAAUAACAAUGCAUAUGCAACUAAUAAGUCACUAACAACAAUACCAUAUCAUUUCAUACAUUUACAACAGAAGGAUCAUAUAAUGACAACAGGUGAAGAUGGUAGAUUAUGUUUUUGGAUAAAUCAAACCGAUUUUAAAAAUGAAUUACAACAAUCACCAUCGACAAGAAAUCAAAGCAAAAUAACUAAAUCAAAUACAACAAGAUCAAAUCCAUAUGCUAAAUAA